GAACUUCAUACAUGUUUGUUUUUUCAUUUACUUGUUUUAAUUUGAUCCAUGAAGUUUAACAUUCAUCUAUAUGAUCUAUUAGAUUACAAAAAGCUUCACUCUCUAAUACUAAUUGUUCCGUUUAUUCCCAUUUUGCCCUUUCAUUUCCAUCUCCAAUGUCUAACAACAACGAGAAUCAUCAUCUGAUCCAUUCUUCAAUCGGUAAUACCCGACCCGAAUCCGAAACGGAAAACGGAUCUAGUACUGGUUCAUGUGAGCAUUUGUCGGAGCUCCGAUCUAAAUUCGGGUCAAACCCGUUUCGCAACUUCCCUAACUGCGUUAAGGUUAAACCAUUUGGCCGCGCGUCAAUCCUACGCGAUCCUGCGUUGAUUCAUUGCGGCGCGUGCGAAAAAACUCCUCCACACGCGCCGUUGCGAUUGUACGCUUGCGUCACGUGCGCUAAGGUCUUCUGUAACGUCCACGCGCCGUCUCACGCGCCAGAUUCCGAUCCUUCGCUCCACAACAUUGCCGUGGACAUCUCACGCGCCGAGCUCUACUGCGGCGCGUGCGGUGAUCAGGUCUACGACCGAGACUUCGAUGCCGCGGUCGUGCUCGCCCAAACCGAGGCGCGUGGGGAAGAAGCGGGCGCGCGUGGAGAGCACGCGCCUGAGAGCACACCGAAGAGGAGGCGCGUGGAGUGUAAACGGCGGCGCGUGGCGUACAAGCCGUGGACACCGGAUGUGCAAGAGCAAGUCUUGAUUGUCGGUAAUUCGAGUCCAUUUCCAAGUCAAAUUAUAAGCAAUGAUGAAACAACAACAACAACAACACAAGAAUUAGUACAAUGGGGUUUAAGAGGACUUAAUAAUCUUGGAAAUACUUGUUUUAUGAAUUCAGUAUUACAAGCAUUGUUACAUACACCACCAUUGAGGAAUUAUUUCUUGAGUGAUAAGCAUAAUAGAUAUUAUUGCCAGAGGAAGAAUAGUAGCGUCGUAACGAGGAGUAGUAGUGGUGGUGGUGGUGAUGGUGCUAACAAGAAUAACAACUCUAUGUUGUGUUUGGCUUGUGAUUUGGAUGCAAUGUUUUCGGCGGUUUUUUCAGGCAAUCAGACCCCGAUUAGUCCAGCAAAGUUCCUCUACAGCUGGUGGAAGCAUGCAUCAAAUCUUGCAAGUUAUGAACAGCAGGAUGCUCAUGAGUUUUUCAUUUCCGUGCUUGAUGGGAUUCAUGAAAGAAUGCAGAAUGAUAAGGGAAAGGCCCAGAGUCCAGGAAGCGGGGACUGUUGCAUUGCUCAUAGAGUAUUUUCUGGAAUCUUGCGGUCUGAUGUCAUGUGUACAGCUUGUGGCUUCACAUCUACUACAUAUGAUCCAUGUAUAGACAUCUCAUUGGACUUGGAACUGAGCCAGGGGAGUUCAACAAAGAUGACAUCAAAGAAGUCUCACAAAAAAGAAGCAGAACCCGGAAAGUCUAGCCAAAACGGUCGACUUUCUACGCUGAGGGGAUGUUUAGAUCAUUUUACAAGACCUGAGAAAUUGGGUUCUGAUCAGAAGUUCUUCUGCCAACAUUGUCAAGUGAGACAGGAAUCUCUUAAACAGAUGUCGAUAAGAAAGCUGCCUUUGGUUUCUUGCUUCCAUAUCAAAAGGUUCGAGCAUUCCGUGAUUAAGAAAAUGUCAAGGAAGGUUGAUCACUACUUACAGUUUCCUUUUUCCUUGGACAUGUCACCUUACCUCUCUUCAUCGAUAUUAAGGAGUCGAUUUGGAAAUAGAAUCUUCUCCUUUGACGGGGACGAGCAAGACGCGCCCUGUGAAUCGUCCUCGGAAUUUGAGCUGUUUGCUGUCAUCACCCAUACCGGUAAACUUGAUGCUGGCCAUUACGUAACAUAUCUGAGGUUAAGUAACCAAUGGUACAAAUGUGAUGAUGCUUGGAUCACUCAGGUGAGCGAGAACAUCGUCAGAGCUGCACAAGGAUACAUGAUGUUCUAUGUGCAGAAAUUGUUGUACUACAAGGCUAGUGAAAAACAAGGUUAGCUAGAAAGAAACCAGCAGCAGCGUACUAUUCGCGAAGUACCAAUGCAGCACCCAUAAGAUCGGGUUAUGUAGACAUUGUUUGCCAAAAAAAGGGAUCGAGCUGAUAUUUUUGUUCCAGAGCGCUGCUGUUUUGAGGUUUCGAUUCUCAGUUGGAGUGUAAUCUUAGCCUGAAUUUUAAAGGCGCACUCUCCUACAUUCAGGAAAUUUUGGCAACAGAAUAUGUUAUCCCUUGCAAAAGAGAUAAUUAGUGUAACCUUUCAAUUUUUUGUGGCUAACCAUAGAAAAGUAAUAAUAGCAACUUCAAGGAGAAGAAACCUGUUACACCUUUCAUGCCUUUUUUCUUGGAUAUUCAAGUUUCAAUCUUUUUGGACACAGUUCUAGUUUUA